AUGGGUUGUUUAUUUAAAUCCUUUUUGGAAAGAUGGGGGAUCUCUCUCCUGGUCCUCUCUUCGGCUCGUGACAGGUUUACCUGGUGCUGUCAUGCUUCUAGAUCAUUCUCUGUAACUUCAGCAUGGAAUUCCAUUAGAGUCAAGAAGGAUCGUGUUGAUUGGGCGUCUUUUGUUUGGGACAAUGCUGUAGCCCCGCGGUUCCAGUUUAAUUUAUGGCUUAUAACCAAAAAUCGCCUGCCGACCCAGAUGCUGCUUCUUUCUCAUGGAAGGAUCGACUAUAAUGUUUGUGCCUUCUGCAAUGAUGUUCCAGAUUCUGUCGAACAUUUAUUCUUCGGGUGUCGCACCUCGGCUUCUCUGGCCUACUUUUGGGCUGCCAGGUGUAACCUCCCGUGGCGGAAUAGAUGUUGGAAAGAUAUCCUCAGUUGGGCCUUAAAGUUCUUAUCUGGUAAGGACUUCUUCCAUUGCAUUGCGCGGUUCUCGUUUGGAGCUAUGUGUCACCUUAUUUGGAAAAAGAGGAAUGCGAUUAUAUUUCGGGGCGAAUCCUUAGUGGUCUCGGCUCUAAAAAGCCACCUUAUUAAGGUUGUGAGGGAUAAAGCUAUAACAUUCAAAGAUGUUCCUCCUACCCCGAGGAAUAAGAGGCUUCAAUGUGGUUGGGGGUUCGACCCUGCGGUGUUCUCUCGUUUGACUAGUGCUCCUUAG